AUGAAUAGUUUGGAUUUCGCUAAAGCUAUUGGUUUCGUAAACAAAAUAAUUGAUAAUGUUCGAUGUGGAAUAUGUGAUAAAUUAGAAGGAACCCGUGUGAGAUAUCAGUGUGGGCAUAUUGCAUGUGAUGAUUGUGUUACUUAUGCACAAGACUGUCAAGCUUGCUCGCCGCCAUCACUAAGAUCUGCUAUUCAACCUAAGUUUGAUAAACAAUUAACACAAACAGUGAAAAGUGCAGUAGGUCUCCUAAAUGCAUGCCAUAAAUUCUUUGAUUCAAACGCAUUUCAGCGUAAAAGACUAUCUGAACAGCUCAGAAUUGAAAAGGAGCUAUUUCCAAACUGUAUACAAGCUCCUGCAAAGUAUGAAAAUAAAAGAAAAAGUACUCUGACAACUAAUGAAAACAACUCUUCAACUUUCUUUCCUGGUGAAGAAGUCAGACUUCAAGUGGAUAUGGCACAUACUACCAAUUAUGUGCAGCAAUGGUUAAAGAAAAAUGAAUCAAAUCUCGCUCGGAAACCAUUUUCAGACCUGAAUGUUAACACAUCCUGGGCAAACAAACCUAUAAGUAAAAACAUAAAACAAAAUGAAACUAUUUUCUUGGGUGCUGGUAGAAAAAGGAGUCAUAGAAAAGUAACUGAUAAAAUGUGUGCCCGUAAAGAAAGUAUUAAUUCAGUUUAUAAUAAAUUUGAUAGUAUUCCUAAGCGAGCUAAGAACAAAAAUGUGUCUUACAGUAAGAAUAUUAAUCCUAACAUAUUAAGGAAAUGUAAUAAUGAUGAAAGUGGUAUUUUUAUGGAGGAUGAGCCUAUUGUUAUCUGUGACUCACAAGAAACAGCUAUCGACAAGGAUACAAAUGCAUGGCUUUCAGUGCUUAAAGCCUGUCAAAAUGAGGACUUACAAUCUACCUCUUUAGUAAACCUAAGCUCUCUUCACUGUACCAAUGAUAGUAAUAAACAAAGUGACUUUAAUGCAACAGAAGUUAAGGAAAUUAGUGUCUCAAGAGUACCAUUCUUCAAAAGGAGUGCCAUAAUAGAAACUUGUAAAUAUUGUAAGAAUAAAUUGAAUUCAGACAAACCAAUGCCAGUACAAAAUCGGAUUAAACCUGUUAAAAUUACUAUUGACGGAGAAAACUUUUUAACAACUAUUUCAGUCUUUAAAAACGUAAAAAGUGAUUUCAAAAUAAAUACAAAGAAUACAGUCUCAGUACAAACAGAUUUAUGUGACAUAGUUCCAACAAGUAAAACUAAUUAUGAUGAAACAAAUGAAUGUAUUAAUAAGAGUUUAGCAUUAGAUAAAAUGUUAAAUGAAAUGAAUGAAAAUGAUAUUAUGCUAAGUGAAGAUUUACUUGUAGAUGACAAAAAUAUAUAUGACCAAACCAAAGAUGUCAGCAAAGGUUUAGUUAUUGAGGAAUCUGAUAGUGACACAGAUUUGGAAGUUAGCGGACCUAUGUCUGUAAAAGCUGAUGUCCACAGAUCUUGUGAAGAGUCAGUAUAUGGCCUACUAAAUUCAGUUCUUACUGUGAAAAAACAUGAAUCUAAACCACGACGUAGACCAAGAGGACAUACUCCAACUAGCACUGAUUCAUCAGAAAAGGAAAAUUAUAAUCCGAAUAGAAUAAAAAAGGGGGUGAAUGGAAAGAAAAAAUGUACUAAGAAGUGA